AGUAUUUCUCACAUGCACACCAGCCGCACCAGCAACUGCAUUAGUGGCCCAUCAGAUACCAUCAAGAACACAGUCUGAUCCACAAGAACAACACCAGCCACUAUAGCAACAGGUAGCAGAUCAAGAAGCUAGCAAGGAGGAGCAGGCAUACCAUAGGAAGAGGAAUAUCAUAGGAGCUAGAAGAUCUAGCUAUCAAGCUACAGAGAGCAACAGAUAUGGAGGCAUCGAAGGAGGAUCUACAGUGCAACUCGAAGGCCGAGGAAUCAACAACUACUUCAAGAGACAGGACCAUGUCAGAGGAGUCAGAUACCACAUCCAACAAAGAGAAAACCUAGUUAGCCAUAGAAGGGAACUCAAUUCCUAAACCUAGCUCCUAUUUAGCUAGAAUCUAUUCUUAGCAUCUAUAGCUAGUUAAUUACUCUACAAAUAGAGUUCGUGAUAAGACUAGACUACGAGUCAUUCUUCUGGAGUUUAUUUGCAGUUUUACCUCAUUGUAAAGUAGGAGGCUGUGAUGAUCUUAUGUAACAGAGUCAAUGUUGUAAUUCUAUAGACAUGCCUUGGACCCGCAUAUGUUUCUGUUGUACCACUCUGAGCGAUAUAAUACUAGUGGAACGGUGUUUCAUUGGUGUUAUGUCAGACUUGCAUACUACACCAUGCAGUGGUAUGCCGGGUCACCACACAAUGGCUGUCCUAGUGUACCAGGCCUGGAUAUCCAUAUCAUUCUCCCCUUCUUCAAGAAGCGUUGUCCCCAACGCGUGAGGGUCUGCUAGAAAAAGGGUAAUCAGAUAAGAACACGCCGAUCUUCAUCCUCAAGCCCGCCAGUCUUUCACACCUCAUCCUCCCUCUUGACUAGCUUGACUUGACCUUGACGCCCUUUGGUCUUCGACGCCAUCAACCUGAUUGAGACACAGGCAUCCUCCAAAUACAAACUGAAAGUGCACCAUGCAUACCACCCCACACAGAACAAACUUCUGCACGCCAUGGAUCCAAAUAAGCUGAACACACCCGAGUAUGCACCCUUCUGAUCACCAAUGUCGUCCUUCUUGAAGAGCAACAUUUCCCCCACCCCGCAAUGAACAAACAACAACAACAUAAGUGACGUUGCAGGUCUGGACUUGGAUACUGCGGACUGUACGCCUGAAACAGCCCGGUCUAGGGCUCGGUAUGACCGGCCUGGGCGCCGGCUCUGCCGGCCAGGGGCCCGGUCCAACCGGCUUGGGUGCCGGUCCAACCGGUCUGCGGCCCGGUUUGCCGGCCUGGGCACCGGGCGAACCGGCCCAACACACAGUACGUCUGCCUGGUUGGCACCGGUGCUGGUCCCGGUUUUUGCCGGCCAGCCCGGCCUGACAGCUGGUCCUACCGGCCGUGGCGCCGGCCGCCGGAAAGCGCCUGGACUAUUCUCGCCUCGCGCGCCUCGCCGUGCUCACGUUCGAUGUCUCCUCCUGUCGCUCUUUCCCUGGCGUGGGCGUGGAAGCUAGCUUGCAACUCGAUCGGUUGUAGUAUGGCAGCUGCAGUAUUCCAUGCCAAAUACAAUGCAAUCUUACUUCCCUUUUUUAAUAUAGCUGAAACGAAUCUGCAAUCCAUGAUCGCUAGCUGCUUGGUAUUUGGAAGCCCAAGAAUCGAAACAUGCAGGAAUCGAUCGCCAGAAACACGUCCUGCCCAGGUACAUGGAAUUUCUUUAGCGCCUAAACGUGCUGCUGCCUUACUCCACGCGCGCGUUGACAGGAAGGGAUCCUGGACCCUGGCGGCGCGCGAUCGAAGUGGACGUGCAUCUGGACUCUUCUCCUUGCCACAACCGCGUGCUGCUUCCUCCUUCCUGCGUGGCCGCCGCCGCCACCAGCAAACAGCAACAAAAACCUUCGCGAUUGUUCCUGCCUCUUCCUUGCUGCCCACUUCCUCCUCCUUGAUCUUCACCAACAGCAUGGCGGCGACGUACCCAAUGGUAGCCACAGCAAUCGAGUAGAAACAACUGAACAACAAACCAAUCUGCACCGUGAUCAACCUAGCACUCUGAUACCACAUGAUGAGGAUUGUUCUCCCGAUCUUUCACGAUGCACCAUGCUGAUCCAUAGGACCGAUAUAUCUUGAACUCCCUUGACAGAUUCAAGAAUACUCAAGCACAUAUGAUUACUCUUGACAGACUCAAGAACUCUCACACCUUUAUUGGAUAACUGGACGAACGUCCGAGACGCCGUCACAACGCCGACCCCAUAGGGACGGAGAUAACUUGAACUCGAGGUUCUACAUUAUUCUGAAUCAAAACUAGACUAAACCUAACCCUAGCCGCCCCACCCCCUUAUAUGAGGGGAAGGGUGGCCGGCCAGCCCCUAUUGGGCUGGGGCGCCCACUUAUGGGCCUAGCCCUAGUUGGGUUGGACAGGCCCAAUCCCAACAGACACACUAAUUUAACCCUAAUUUGGCCCACCACAUGACCUGGCUAUAUUAUUUCCUAAUAACAAUGCUACAAUACAAUAAUAAUGGUACAACCUUAGACUUAAUCCUCGUACCAAUGGCUGUCCUAGUGUACCAGGCCUGGAUAUCCAUAUCACGUACGAAAGUGAAGAGAGCGGAGAAGCGUAUCUCGUAAGCCAACCGGGUGUUUUUCACUGCGGCCCCUCUGGUCAUGCACUAUUUGCACAUCCAUGCCACAAAGUGUACGGAAUCACUGCUCUAAUUAUCAUCCCGGUAAUCAUGCGCGUGUGUUGGCUUGUGUUUGAUUCUGAUUUUUUUCUUCCAUAAAUUGUGGAGCACAUUGUGAUCUGAUGCCGCAGUGGUUGUCCGUUAAGGUUGUAUGAAUCAACCGAUGCAGAGGGUGGGACGCACACCAUUUCGGGAAAAAAGGUGGUUGUCCCUAAGAAUUUUUGUAGGAAAAUUACCGUAGAUGUAGCAUUGCUCUUAUCCUCCUGUUGUGAAACUGCUGCCAGGUUUCUGUUAGUUCUCAUGAAGGCAAAUCUUCUCUUUUUUUGAGUCAUAUAAAGAUAGGAUGGGAAGAUCUGAAGCAAUUGAUAAUUCUUUCAAUAUAGCUAGCCUGAUGAAUGCCUCUUCUGACUUAUCUUUUCUAGAAAAAAAAAUUCUAUGCAAGAGAAUGAUGGUAUCAUUCAUGACUUUCCAAAUAACAACUCCUCUAGCAUGGAUGGUUUUAAUGCAGAAUUUCUAAAGAAGUUUUGGACAAUUGUCAAGAAGGAUUUCUAUGACCUUUGUAACCAGUCUAUUUGCCUAGAGAGCAUAAAUAGUUGUUUCUUCACUCUUGUUCCUAAAAAGUAAGGUGAUGCCACUAAAAAUAACUUCAGGCCUAUCUCCUUGCUUAAUUGCAUCUUAAAGCUAAUCACCAAGCUAUUGCCCAAUAUGCUUCAGAAGGUAAUAAUGCAGCUCAUCCAUGAGAACCAAUCUGGCUUCAUCAAGUCAAGUGAUGGUGCUCCGGUGAUGGCGUCAGACAAUCUUAGUGCCGGUUGUUAUACAAGUGGUUGGGAAACCCCAAGAGGAAGGUGUGAUGAGCACAACAACAAGUUUUCCCUCGGUACGAAACCACGGUUUAAUCGACCAGUAGGAGAAAGGCGUGAAUUUUGAAGGUGAUGCUAGAUGACUAGUGGCAGGACGCACUACCGGCGUCAACAACAACAUGGAACCUGCACACAACACAACCAAAGUACUUUGCCCCAACUUACCGUGAGGUUGUCAAUCUCACUGGUUUGCUGAACACAAAAGAUUAGACCUAUCGAGUGGAAAGAGACGUUUGCAGCAAUUAAAGAGAACGGAUCUUACAGUAAGUAAACAGAGCAGGAUUGCAUUGGUUGAAUUUAUCAGUGUAAAAGAAAGGACUGGGGUCUACAGUUCACUAGAGGUGUCUCUCCAUAAAGAUAAAUAACAUGCUGGGUGAACAAAUUAUAGCUGGGCAAUUGACAGAAUACCGAUCAUACAUGACAAGAUGAUUACUAUGAGAUUCGUUUGGGCAUUACAACAUAAUACAUAGACCGUAAUUCAACUACGUCUAUGACUAAUAAUCCACCUUCCGGUUAUCGUUCGAACCCCUUCCAGUAUUAAGUUGCAAGCAACAUAUUAUCGCAUUAAGCAAUGUGUGUAAAGUAAACAAUAGAAUUACCCUUGGAUAAAAUUGUUGUUUUCUCCCUAGUAGCAACAACACAUCUACAAUCUUAGAAGUUAUUGUCUCUCUUCAAGAAAACUAGAGGCAUGAACCUACUAUCUAUCAUAAAUACCCCCUCUUGGAAUCACAAGCAUCUACUUGGCCAGAGUAUCUACUAGCAAUGGAGAGCAUGCAAGAUCACAAAUAACAUAUGACAAGAAUAUAUAAUCGAUCUCAACAUAGUACACAAUAUUCAUCGGAUCCCAGCAAACACAACAUGUAGCAUUACAUAAAGAUGAUCUUGAUCAUGUAGGGCAGCUCACAAGAUCUAAACAUGGGGCACAAAUUGGAGAAGACAACAAUCUAGCUACUGCUAUGGACCCAUGGUCCAUGGAUGAACUACUCACGCAUCACUUCGGAGGCGGGCAUGGCGAUGUAGAUGCCUCCCGCGAUGAUUUCCCUCUCCGGCAGGGUGCCGGAAAGAGCUUCAGAACCCCCCGAGAUGGGUUCUGCGAUGGCGGCCGCGACGGAACUUUUCGUGGAUGGAGGCUCGGGUAUUCACAGGGUUUUCCCAAGAUCGUGAAUAAAUAGGCGGAGGGGCGAUGUCGGUGGAGGCCAGGGUGGCCCACACCACCCCUAGGCGCGGGCCAGGCAGGUUUGGCCGCCCUGCUGCCCUCCUUCGACUCCCCUCUAGACUCUGUCUUCGUUACGGUAAAAUAUUGACUUCGGCUUUUGUUUCGUCCAAUUCCGAGAAUAUUUCCUGUAGAACUUUUCUGGAAUACAAAAACAACAGAAAACAUGGAACUGGCACUGUGGCAUCUUGUUAAUAGGUUAGUGCCGGAAAAUAUAUAAAAGUGCAACGAAGCAUGGGCAAAACAUAUAUGAAUUGGUGUCAAACAAGCAUGGAGCAUCCCCAAGCUUAACUCCUGCUCGUCCUCGAGUAGGUAAGUGAUAACAAAAUAAUUUUUGAGGUGACAUGAAGCCAACACAAUCUUGAUCAAGCAUGGUAAAACAUUGUGAGCUGGGAUCAAAGUACUCUGAACAUAGGCAUGAUAUAUAUAAUUCAAUAAAACUUAGGAACUAUGUUAUAACAUGAAGAGUAAAUCAAACAAAGGAUCAUGAAUAAUAGUGCAUUGAAAGCAACUGUUUGUUUAUGAGCAUAGAUAAAACAUAGAAAAGUGGUACUCAACAUGUCCUUUAUGAGGUAGCAAAACAUAAAUGCUAGGACACCUUUAAAGUUCAGAGGAUGACUAGAUACAAGUAAUUUAAGAGCAAGCAAUAGCAUAGUCAUGAAUCAAUCAAUAAUAAUUUUGGGACUAUGCACAUUGCACUAAGAAUGACAACUAUGCUCUCUUAAUUGGUGCAUAAAGUAGAAGAUGAAGACUCAACAUAAAAGUAAAAGAGAGACUCUUUGCAGAGUAAGCAAGAUAAAAAAGUUUUAUAAACCUUCCAAAAAGUAUGGUACUCAUUAGCUUUGAGUUAUGAUUGCCCCUAUCAUAAGCAUCUUGAAUGGCUAAAGUUAAUGUGAAUAAAAUAUGAGCUAUAUGCUUGCAAAUCACAAGUUGAAAAUCUCAUGCCCCUUGAAUACAAGUACCUAAACCUCAUGCUACUCAACUUAGGUCCCAAAUAAGUUCUUGUCAUUGUAAGUAUACAUGUAUCAUUGAGAACAACCAACGGGGUACCUCUUGCCCGAUGAUAUGGAGGUACUCUUGUAGGAGAAAUCUCAUGCCAAAAUGACAAGACAAACAAAUAAUGAGCAUCCCAGCAGUUUUUAUUUACUAUGGUUAUAUCUUUUUAUUGCAAAUGUUUCAUAGAAUGCUCACUAUGGUUCCCUGUAAAUUUCCACCAUGAAUGAUGCAUGGCUUAGAUUAGCGGCCCAGGCGUUUCUCUAACUCAUAUACAAACUCCAUGGACUUACAAGUUUCCAUUUUAUUUCGCACCACUAGGCAUCCAUAAACAAAAGAACAUGACAUCAACUAAACAUAAGUGCAAUGUCGAAAGUGUUCCCCAUGAAAGCAUGGUUAUACUAACUCUCAGCUUGCAAUUUUCAAACAUAUAAACUUCAUAAGAGAGGCACAAUGAUCAAAUUUAUUAAGUGCAAUAAAAUAAAUAUGCCAUCAAGUUCGUGUGAGAUUUACUAACUAAUUUUCUCAUGCCAAUAUUUAAUUUGGAAGAUAAAUAAAAACAUGUUGAAUUACUUGAAUAGCAAUAAUGCUACUAGGUAGAUAUGGUUGACAUAAUUGGAAAACUUUGUUUCAUGGUUGUUGGAUGCACGAGUAGAGAUCAUACUCAGCACAGGCGAAGGCUGGCAAAAGACUGGGAGCGACCAACUAAGAGAGCAAUAAUGGCCAUAAUCAUGUAUAGCGACAAAAAAUUAUCAAUCAAAGCAUAAAGUGAUAUUACAAGUCAAAAACUAAAUGAUCAUAGAGGCUUUAGUUGAAUAGUUAUAGUCAUAACAUGUAUAAGCAUGCGCCAAGUGACAAGGGAUUAACUUAUCAAUGCCUACAGAUUGUAGACUAGGGUUUUAAUCGGAAGUAGAGGGCAAGUAGAUCUCGAAGGUUUCAGCCGAAAAGUGCCCGACGAUAAAAAAAAACUAGGGUUGCGUGAGACAAUGAAUCGAUGCUCUCUUUGUCCCUCUACUCCCCCUUAUACAGGAGGUGGAGUCGAGGGAUUCAUAGUACACAAGUUACAGAGUCCGGGAGGGUUUCUAACUCAUCCCGUAAGAUUACAAGUAUGUAUUUCCUAAUACAACUCUAGCUUUCCUUAGUACUAACUUGGGCUUCCAAAUCUUCAUAUUCAUCGAGUCGUGGGCCUUCAGUAAACCCCGGGUACCAUCUUCGGCAGGCCCAUUUGGGGAUGCCUAUGUCAGUAGCCCCCGAGAUUUUGCUUGAAUCGAAGAAUCAGGGAAAAUCUCCAACUGUAUAGUCAUUCAAUAACUCUGUCAAAUUUAUCACAUAUCUUUGGAUACACAAUUAUAUAUUGUACAGGGAUAAUGGUAGUUGGGGCUAGUUCAUCUGACGGAUCAGGUACUAGUUAACUGCUCUAGUGGCAAUCCGCAAAACCCUACUUCAAGAUCACGUCCCUGGACAUGAUCUCGGGAUACUGGUGUUAACUUCGACAGGUGCCACUUAAGGUCUUACCAUCUGUCGAGUCCCAGUCAUAUUUUAUCGGGUACCUAACGCGUCCGUUAGGAUUUUUCUUCGUAUCUGUUGAUACAGAAAAAAGUAGCAAACCGACGUCAGAGACGGUGCCACGCCGCUCAGAACGGAUCUGGGGUCUUACCUUCGCAGAAUUUUGCGGCAUUCAGAGAUUAUUCGCAACUUUGGCGCUCUGAGAAUAUAUUGUCGAGUGCUUUUUCGGCUGUUGGAAUAGCACAUUUUAUUGAGUCAACAGAUGACUUAUCUUUCCUUCCCGAUGGGAGUAUAUGCAGAGUUAUUUGUAUAACUCGAAAUAUGCUCACUUUUUUUUAUAAUUUCAUCGGGCACGCGAACAGCGUUCUCGAUGGGAGUAGCCCCCGAGGUUACAGCCAAGGACUAGUGCUUGGUUGUAGGCUCAACACUUUAGUGCCUUAUGUCGCUAUAUUGUCAUUCUUUCUCGAACUUUUCAUAUCUAUCGGGUGCGCGACCAGCGCUCCCGAUGGGAGUAGCCCCCGAGGCUAUGAACAAAUGCUUGUAUUUGGUCAUAGGCUCUCACCAUUUCUAUUUUGUCAUACUCGAAUUUUUAUUUUUUCCAAAGUAGCCCCCGAGCAUUUGAGCAAAAACUUGUAUUUGAUCAAAGGCUUCUCGAAAUAAUCAAUAGUCUUUGUCUGCCGCCAAUUUCAUUAAUCUUCAUAGCCGAGAUUUUUUUUAGAAAGGUGACAUCAUUACUGACGAUAGCCACGAUCCUUUUAUUGGGAAGACGCGAGAGCUGUCCGUUCACUGACCUGCGGGCCCAAAACCUGCAACCUGUUGACACGUUACGCAAGUGGGGGACACACGUCCUCCGCUUUUUCUGCUCCGCGCGCUGUAGCGCCUGUCCAGUUCCAUCAUGGUAAAAGUACCAUUGUACCCUUUGAUCCACGUGUAAAGCAUCAAGUCUAUUUGGAGAACAUCCAACGGUGCGGCGUUCUGACUAAUCCUGCUAUAAAUACUCUCCUUCUUCCUCGCUUAUUCCCCUUCGCCACACCAUUGCUCAUACGUCCUCUGCUCCAAUCUCCAUUGCAAACAGCCAAGUUCUAGCGCACGCGUACUGCUCCACUUUCUCCACACCGUUGUUGAUGCCGCCGCGGCCAAGAAUUUCAAGGCACAACACCCCCGAAGCAAAGAUGGCGACAGCGGAUCUGGGGAGCACUGAGUGGGAGAGAUCCAAGAUCUCCGCCCAAGAUAUCAACUUGCUGAAGAAGCUUGGGAUCAGCAAGAAGAAAGAUUCGCUGCGCUUCCCCAGCGAUGAGAGCUAUCCAUCCCCUCCUAUCGAGUAUCGGGUCAGUUUCGUUGACCACCUCAUCCGCGGCCUUUCUUCCCCCAUUCACGAUUUUUUGCGUGGGUUGCUUUUUGUGUACGGAUUGCAACUUCACCAUCUUACUCCCAACUCCAUCCUCCACAUCUCGAUCUUCAUCACUCUUUGCGAAUCUUUCCUUGGAGUCCAGCCUAACUGGGCUUUAUGGAAGCGCAUUUUCCUCCUUCGCCGUAAUGGCUCUCCCAACGUUGCCUAUAACAUAGGCGGCGUUGUUAUCUGCGUCCGCCCUGAUGUCGAGUACUUUGACGUCAAAUUCCCUGACUCAGUUCAAGGGUGGCGCAAAAAAUGGUUGUAUAUCCACGAAGAAAGCCACGACUCGGCGGAACACAACAUUCCCCCUUUCGAUGGCAACGAAAAAAUCUGUCGCCGCUGGUCCUGGGAUGUAGAGGCUAGCGACAAAGAAAAAGCGGCGACAGAGGCGCUGAUGACACGCAUCCACGAGCUUCAAAAUACCCGUGGACAAGAAUUGUUGGGUAUCCAAAUCACGGCAUAUUUCCUUAGGAUUAGGGUGCAGCCUUUGCAAGCUCGCAAAAACUCCCUUUGGAUGUAUGCUGGCGACAAGGAUGUGGAUCGCCUGUCGAUAGAUUUACCGGUCAAGGACUUAGAGAAACUUAUCCGAAAAAUCUCGUCGCUUAGCAAGAAAGACACCGUCCCGUCAUCUUGCCGUGUGACACCAUAUAGCGCCACCAACGCGCUCCCGCAGGUAAUAUAUUUUUAUCGUCUGCUUGUUCGUUCACUCUCUUCUUUUCUCUUUUUUACUGCUAUUUCUUCGACUGUUGUUAUUGAUACAAAUUUCUGUCGAUACUUUUUCUAUCUUGUCCAGAACCACAAAACUGCGUCGCCUCUUCCUCCCCUUCCCGAAGGAAAUUGA